ACCUAUUCAAACUCAAACACAACAAACAAACACAAAAAUAAAUCUGAGAGAGCUUAUCAUCUAGUUUCAACAAUGGCGGACUCUUUGUACUUAUCAACAAACUCGAAGAAAAGAAGCGCCGACGAGUUUCUCGCGGCGAAGAAACAAAUGAAGCACUGGGAAUCCGACCCGGCCGCGUCACUCGCGAAUGCUCGUCACGAGUUCGGCGAGCACGGCGGCGUCAACAUGUCCAUCGAAGCCUCCGCCACUUUCACCGUCAUGGAGCCCGAGACAAUGGGCCGCAUGUUCUCCGGCGAGCUGGGCCCCGACCGUGACUUUUUCAUCUACAGCCGUCAUUUUAACCCCACUGUUCUGAACCUCAGCCGCCAGAUUGCCGCCCUCGAGGGGACCGAGGCGGCGUACUGUACGGCCAGCGGCAUGUCGGCGAUCUCCUCGGUGUUGCUGCACUUGGUGAGCAGUGGUGACAACGUUGUUGCGUCACAGACUCUGUACGGUGGGACCCACGCUCUGCUGACGCAUUUCCUGCCGAGGUGCUCGGGGAUCAGUACGACGUUUGUGGAUAUCCAGGAUUUGGGCAUGGUGGAUGAGGCGAUCGUGGAAGGGAAGACUAAGGUGUUGUAUUUCGAGUCGAUUUCGAACCCGACUCUGACGGUUGCGAACAUACCAGAACUGAGCAGGCUUGCUCAUCGCAAGGGUGUUAAGGUUAUUGUGGACAAUACUUUUGCUCCCAUGUGUAUUUCUCCGGCCAAGCUCGGUGCUGAUGUUGUUGUUCAUAGUAUCUCCAAGUUUAUCAGCGGCGGAGCCGACAUUAUUGCAGGAGCUGUUUGUGGAUCUGCAAGCCUUAUGAACUCUAUGAUGGACCUUCAUCAAGGGCCUCUAAUGCUAUUAGGUCCGACCAUGAACGCUAAAGUUGCGUUUGAACUAGCUGAAAGGAUUCCUCACUUGGGCCUUAGGAUGAAGGAGCAUAGCCACAGGGCCUUGGUUUUUGCUACAAGGAUGAAGAAAUUGGGCCUCAGAGUCAUUUAUCCUGGCCUUGAGGAUCACCCUGAUCACGCACUCUUGACGUCCAUGAUAAACAAAGAAUAUGGAUAUGGUGGUCUUUUGUGUUUGGACAUGGAAACAGAGGAGAAGGCCAAUAAGCUGAUGAACAUUUUGCAAAACUGUACUCAAUUUGGAUUCAUGGCCGUGAGCUUGGGCUACUACGAAACACUCAUGUCGUGCUCAGGUAGCAGCACGAGCAGUGAACUGAAUGACGAAGAGAAAAAACUUGCUGGAAUUUCCCCUGGUUUGAUCAGGAUGUCGAUUGGCUACAGCGGAACCCUGGAGCAGCGGUGGAGUCAGCUUGAGAUGGCAUUUUCAAGGCUUCAAGAUUCCAAAAACUGAGGUGGAAGUCUAGGUGCUGUGCUCAUUGAGCACAGGAUUGUAAUGCUGGUUGUUUUUUUAUAUUGUCUUGUAUGGACUUGUGUUAAAUUCAGUUUUAAGUUGAUGCUA